CCAGCCGCUCCGCUUGAGCUCCUCACUAGCUUGCUGCUCUCACCAUGUUUACCACAGGGAAAGGGACUCCGAAAGUGGGCGGCCAGAAUGAAGCUGGUGGAGAAGCAGCCACCGUCACCAGAUCUUUCUGGAAUGCCUUGGUAUUUGUGGGGCUGAUGAUCAUCCUCACAGAGGCCCUGGCCACGGGGGUUUUCCUAGACAUGCUAAGAGUCUUUAGGGCAGAAGGGGGAGAUGAUGAGGACGAGUGGGAGGAUGAGGAGGUGGAGGAAGUGGUAGGAGAUGUUGCAGAUAGCGAAGGAGAAGAAAAUCAGGAAAACGAGUGCAAAGAAGAUGAGGAGGAUGAGGAGGAUGAGGAGGAUGAGGAGGACCAAGAGGAAGAUGAGGAAAUUCAGGGCGAGGAGGGCUACGAUGCCGAGGACGAUUCGGACGAAGAGGACGACGAUGAGGAGCAAGAGUACUCUGAGGGGGAUGAAGAAGAUACGAACACCAAUUCCCAUGGGUCCAGAAUCCCAGGGCAUGCUGCCAGGAGGAACCCGCCACUCCGGCUGUGUCGUUGCAUGCUGCCUAGGCUCAUAAUCUUCUCUCAGCACCAGCCUCAAUAUGAUUCUGAGGACUCUGAGGAAGAGUCUGAAGAAUCUGAAAGCGAGGAAGACGAGAAUGAGCAACGACUUCUGGGGCAUUUCGGCAUGGAAGAAUCUGGAAGCGAGGAAGAAGAUGACGAGCAAGGCCCUGAAAGGCAUUCCAGCAUGGAAGAAUCUGGAAGUGAGGAAGAGGAUGAGGAGCAAGGCCCAGCAAGUCAUGUCAGCAUGGAAGAAUCUGGAAGCGAGGAAGAGGAUGAGGAGCAAGGCCCAGCAAGUCAUGUCAGCAUGGAAGAAUCUGGAAGUGAGGAAGAGGAUGAGGAGCAAGGCCCAGCAAGUCAUGUCGGCAUGGAAGAACCUGGAAGUGAGGAAGAGGAUGAGGAGCAAGGACCCGGAAGUCAUGUCAGCGUGGAAGGCCCAGAAAAUGCGGAUUGA